GUGUCUUCUUUUAAGGCUUCUUAAGAUAAGAAUUUUGUGUCUUAUUUAACUGUGGGCAGUCCCAAAAUAACUCGAAACAUGUCCUUAAAUAAAUGCUCAAAGUGUUCAAUCACGCUGCGGUUCACCGAACUUGUGGUUUUUCACUCCCAACAGAUCCCUUAGAGAGAAAAACAUGACAUAUCUAUCAAAAUUUUGAAAAUUAUUCAUACUUUGGUUUUUAACCUCAGUCUUAAAUAAAUAUCAUAAGAUUUAAAGUCUACUUUGAGUGGUUAAAAAUAUUUAAGACUUUACAAUAUACCUUGAAUCUACAAACGAGGCGUAACUAAAAAGGAUAUCGAGUGGUAUAUUUUUAUAAUGAUUGUUCAUAUGUCAUUAAAAUUAAUGUUAUAAAAACUGGUUCGUUUCGGCUAAAUACGUCACAGAUAUGAUACCAAGAAUUAUCUAAUUGAUGAAUAAUUUUGAUGCUUUAUAUUUUUUGUUGUUGUGAUCUUUCCAGGAGGCCAACUCCGCCAGUGAAUCAUUAGCUCUUUUGGCCGUGCCUACCGCAACAAAAAGCAAAAGUUGCCAAAGACGAAAACCGCAAGACGCAAGAAGAAAAGAAAGAGACUCCCCCUAUAAGGGGUUCAGCCCCCAACUGACGUCACACGAGAGGAGUCGUGAGUGCUAAACCGGCGAAAAGGCUGGAUCGCAUUGACGGAAAUGUUGUGCGGCGCGAUCCCUGCUAAUUGAGUUGAAAGAUGUGCGGCAAAUCAAAUUAGUGCCCCAUACUGUCACCGCUGGAAUCUGGCUGACUGGGCGACCCGGUCUGUCAUAACAAUUAGCGCAUUUCGGAGAAGAUUUGCGGCUAUAAAAGCGAACGACAGACGGUAGAUAAGGCACAGAACCCCAAGGAACUCCAGAAGUAGUAGACAUAUCAAGUCAUAAACUCCAAAUCAAACCCAUCUUUGAGAAAUACACACAAAUACCUGAUAAACAUGAAGUGCCCCAUCAUCUUCGUUGUGAUCUUCAUGAUCAUUAGCUUGAGCCUGAUCGAGGGAGCUCCCAUUAGCAAGGACAACGGGGACCCAGGAUUCGUUUCGGCCACGGAUAUUACAGGAGAGCAAGUGCGCCAAAAGCGAGCUAGUGCGGAUUAUUACCAGGGCGACUACUUCAUCUGCUAUCCCAAGAGUGCGGUCUACGGAAAGCAUGGAUACGGUGGAUCCAAUCGCAGGUCCUACGACUCGGAGGACUAUGCCCCGCACUAUCUGGCCGACGAUCCUUUGGCCGUCCGCCAGGCUCGUGCUGAUGCCAGAAGAGCCGCCUACACCGACAGCUUUGGCAAAUAAGCCAGGCACUACUGUUAUUACAUAGAUACCAAAAAACCCAUCUAAAAUGUUUGGGAGAUGCACAGGUCUAGCUUUAAGAAUUGUACAAAUAUUAUUAUUGUUAUUUAUUGAAUUCAAAUGAAAUUAUGAUUAAAAGAAAAUAAAUCAA